AUGUCUGCCGAAUACAAACAAAAACUCUACGAACUCCAGCGACGAGGAGAGAACCGUACUUGUUUCGAUUGUGGUGCUCCCAAUCCGCAAUGGGCCAGCGUUUCUUAUGGCAUCUUCAUCUGUCUUGACUGUUCUGGUAUCCAUCGGGGAUUUGGUGUGCACAUCAGCUUUGUACGUUCGAUUGGUAUGGACAAGUGGUAUGAUGACCAAGUCAAGAAAAUGGAGAUUGGUGGCAAUCAAAAAGCCAAGGCCUUUUUCGAGUCGCAACCAGAUUAUUCUUCCAACAUGUCCAUGGAUCAAAAGUACAAUUCUCAAUGUGCUGCUUUAUAUCGUGACAAGUUGUCAGCAGAAGCUGAAGGUCGUACUUGGACACCAUCGCCACUUGCUGCUUCCUCUGCUAAGCGUCCCAUGGUCUCCACUGGUGGAUCCACUCGUUCUUUGAAUUCAACACCUGUUGGUCGCACAGAUGGCUUUUCACCUAGUCCACGUUCUGCAUCACCCGCUAGCUUCAGCAAUGUAUCGGAUAAGGCACGAAAUGAGGCUUACUUUGCACAAUUGGGUAGUGCUAAUGAAAGUCGGCCAGACCAUCUCCCUCCAAGCCAAGGCGGAAAAUAUACUGGUUUUGGUAAUCCAGCCUUUGAGAAUCAAUCUUCAAGAAAUACCACAGCUGCGCCUGAUUUACAAGAUAUUAUGAACGAUCCAAUGACGGCUCUCAGCAAAGGUUGGUCUUUCUUCUCGUCUGGUAUGGAGGAACUUGGCAAGGUAGCUGUGGAAGGUGCACGUGUUGCUGCUCAAGGUGCUGGACAACUUGGACGAUAUGCCAAUGAACAAUUGAAUGAUCCCAACUUAAGAAGCAACGUGAAUGACUAUGUCAACUCGUUCAGCAGAAAGACACAAGAGCUUUACAACAACUUUGAUACCCGUUCUGGAAGAUCCACUCCUCAAAACAACCACGAUGAUGACUUUUUCAGCUCUACCAUUUCUUCCUUACAACAACAACAAUCUACUACGACUCCUCUCAGUUCGCGUAGCGCAUCACCUUCUGGAUUGAAUGGUACCACCACCAAAUCAUCGACAACCAACAUGCGUUCUCGAACUCCUUUGAGAGAAGCAGCAUCGAAAAAGACAGGAUCCAAAGAUUCGGAUGACGAAUGGGAAGGAUGGUAA